AGCUUAUCACACCCUAGCACAUAUAUCACACCCAAUCUAAAUUUAUUGUAAUUUUAUUGUUAAUUUAAUUUAUUUUAAGUUUUUUUUUUAUUUUAGUGAAUAAAUAUAUAGGCCUUUAAGCCAGCAAUAAUGGCCUUUCAAGCCACUGAAGUUCCAGCGGAAAGUAAUACAACCGACGAUAUGGAUUAUAUGUACGUGAAAGUCGAAACGCCUCAGCUGGGGGAAAACUUUCCCGAAUCUUCCGAAGCAAGUUUCUCCCGGUCGGACGAAGGAAGACAUACCUUCUUUUGUGCAUUGUGUCUUCGCCAAUGCACUCCGGAAUGCCUGCUCGAGUUCACCACUCAAACGAAUCUCAGUUCCGCCGACAUACGGGUAGCUGAGCAGAAGGCGUACCAGACGCUCGGCGUGUUUGUACCGCUGUACGGUCGCGACGUGUGCCACACAUGCUGGAAGUUGGUUCAGCUGAUUACGGAUUUCCGAGAAUUUUGUGCGAAGGCCGCUAGAAAUCUAGAAAAGUUUCCCAUGGGUGUGGCCUGUGGCGACGAUGAAUGGACGUCGGAAGCAACCCUCAAUGGACUGGAUCAGAUUCACAGGAUCAUCUGGGAACAUUCCGGGAUGAUCGAUGCAAAACGGCAAUCGGUGGGUCAGAAAUACAAGGAUGUAGGUUGUGAGCAGAUUGAUGUUGCUCCACAUGUCUCCAGAAAGAUGAAUAAGCAAGAGAAUACGCAUGCAGCGUUUAUUGAAGAUUCGGGGGGUCCAAGGGUGAAAAGUACUAAAAGAAAAAGGGCAGCUGCAAACAAUGAACUUGAUAGUACCAUUGAUAGCCAUUUGCCUAAUGUACAAGACGACAAAACUGAAAUGCAAUCAUCUGAAAGGAAAAUAACUUCAGAACCAAUUGAACUGGAGGUUGAUCAUUAUCCGAUAAAAGUGUCCUCGUGCAACAUAUGCAGCAGAAAUUUCGACGGCAAGAUCGCCCUACGUAUGCACCAAGCGCAUUGCACGUCGGAAAAUCCAUCGAGCCGGAACUACUUCUGCUGCACGAUCUGCACGGCCUCGUUCCUGGACAAUUCGGGACUGACGUUUCACCUGAACAAACACAAAGGCGUCCGACCGUUCAAGUGUCGGAAGUUUUGCGAUCGGACCUACGCCAGCAACUUCACCCGGAUCAAACACGAACGGCGGUACUGCGAACAGGAUGGCCGCAUAUGUUCGAUUUGUGGUGCAUCGCUCAAGAAUGAGGCUUCCCUCGAGGGACAUCUGCAAAGCGUACAUGGCGAAGCCAAGUAUUCCUGCGACAUUUGCGGGAGAAAGUUCAGGAGUGUGAAAAUUUGCCAAGACCACAAACGGGUGCACUCGGACGAGCGAAAGUACCUCUGCACGGUGUGCAACAAAGGGUUCAAAAGUCCGUUUGCACUGAAGACGCACAAGCGCAUCCACACGCAGGAGAGACCCUAUGGCUGCCAUCUGUGCGAGCAGGCGUUCAAUUACAAGGUGCUGCUGAAGACUCACAUCGAGCGGUACCAUGGAUCGAAUAGCAUCGUAUGAGAACCAGAACUGUAAUGGAUGCAAUAAGAUAGAAUGUGGAUACAACAUUCUAGCAAUACAUAUAAAUCACACGAAAA